AUGGAGCUUCCUGUGUCCUGGAACUCGGCGUCCGCCCCGCCAGGGCCUGGGUCCCCGACACGGUUCGGGUUUCUGCCAAACUUGGGCUCAUCCUUGCUUCUCCUGGAGCACGGCUGCCCGCCCGGGCCCAGCCCUAAAUCAGACGCCGCCGCCGCCGAGUGGAUCCGCAAAGGCAGCUUCAUCCACAAGCCGGCGCACGGCUGGCUCCACCCAGACGCCAGGGUCCUGGGGCCUGGGGUCUCCUACAUCGUGCGGUACAUGGGCUGCAUCGAAGUCCUCCGCUCCAUGCGCUCCCUGGACUUCAACACUCGCACCCAGGUCACCAGGGAAGCCAUCAACAGGCUCCACGAGGUGGUGCCCGGCGUCCGGGGCUCCUGGAAGAAGAAGGCCCCCAACAAGGCGCUGGCCUCCAUCCUGGGCAAGAGCAACCUUCGCUUCGCCGGCAUGAGCAUCGCCGUCAGCAUCUCCAUCGACGGGCUCAACCUCUCGGUGCCUGCCACGCGCCAGAUCAUCGCCAACCACCACAUGCAGUCCAUCUCCUUCGCGUCGGGCGGCGACACGGACAUGACGGACUAUGUGGCCUACGUCGCUAAGGACCCCAUCAACCAGAGAGCCUGCCACAUCCUGGAGUGCUGCGAGGGCCUCGCCCAGAGCGUCAUCAGCACCGUGGGCCAAGCCUUCGAGCUGCGCUUCAAGCAGUAUGUGCACAGCCCGCCCAAGGUGGCCGUCCCCCCGGAAAGGCUGACUGGGCCGGAGGAGUCGGCCUGGGGGGACGAGGAGGAGACGGAGCACAAUUACUACAACAGCAUCCCUGGGAAGGAGCCGCCCCUGGGCGGGCUGGUGGACUCCAGGCUCGCCCUGACGCAGCCCUGCGCCCUCGGGGCCGUCGGCCAGGGAGCAUCUCCUGCUCGAAGAGACGCCUGUGGCCUGCAGUGGGACCUGGGCCCCUCAGCCCCGCCCGGAGACGGCUACGUGCAAGCAGACGCCCGGGGCCCCCAAGACUACGAGGACCACCUGUACGUCAACACACAGGGUCUGGACGCCCCGGAGCCCCUGCAGCCCGAGGACAGCCCCAAGAAGGACUUGUUCGACAUGCGACCCUUUGAGGACGCCCUGAAGCUGCACGAGUGCUCCGUGGCGGCGGGCGCGGCGGCAGCCCCCCUCCCCGUGGAGGACCAGUGGCCCAGCCCCCCGACCCGCCGGGCGCCCAUCGCCCCCACGGAGGAGCAGCUGCGGCAGGAGCCCUGGUACCACGGCCAGAUGAGCCGGCGGGCGGCCGAGAAGCUGCUUCGAGCCGACGGGGACUUCCUCGUGCGCGACAGCGUCACCAACCCUGGGCAGUACGUCCUCACCGGCAUGCACGCGGGGCAGCCCAAGCACCUGCUGCUGGUGGACCCCGAGGGCGUGGUGCGGACGAAGGACGUGCUGUUCGAGAGCAUCAGCCACCUGAUCGACUACCACCUGCAGAACGGGCAGCCCAUCGUGGCCGCCGAGAGCGAGCUGCACCUGCGUGGCGUGGUCAAGCGGGAGCCCUGAGC